ACGUCAUAAUUGAUUCUGCAAUAUUCGUCCUGGAUACCAUUCAGUGAGACACAGAGAACGUUUGUUGAUGAUUAUUUUUACAGACAGAAAAUGCCAACUUCUCCGAAGCCGUCCAAGAUCUUCUUUUCUAAAGUAUCGCCACUUCCAGCACAUCAGACUGAUGUCGAGGAUUCCAUCACGCAACAAAGGUGUCCUGUGGAACUAUUCCUGGCAAAGCGGGGAUUUCAGCAAUCCAAACUGAACUUUUUGACCUCAGUGGUAGAGACUUAUGACGCAGAUCUAGAGUUCGGAUGGCAGAGCAGCCAACGCCAGUCACUGACCCUAAAAAACGAAACAAACAACAACGGUAGUCCGAAAGAUGUUGAGUCGGAUAAAGAUCUCGACAGCGCAAGUACGUCCAACUCUGGUUCAGGUAUCAGUAUGGUUGGUAAGAAGGGCAAGAUCAAAGCAUUCCGGAAGGCUCUACGCAGGCUCGUGAACAAGUCCAAUAUAGUCCAGCCAAAACACUACUUGUAAUGACAAAAUACAAUGGGUUCAAAGAACGCGUUUAUUUAGAAAAAAAUGUGUAAAACAUGUAUUUGAAAGGCGACAUAGAAGUGUGUUCUUGCAUGCAUUUACUUAUUCGUUGAGUUGUAGAAGAAGCUGAAUAAACAAUAAGUCAGAUAUUUAUAUUUCUUUCUUUCCUCCUUUUACUUUUGUUAUCAUCUUUUCGAUAAUUAAACAUGUCAAAUCGAAGUAACAAAUUUACUUAAUUAUGACGUCAAUUUUCAGUAUAUUACGUCUAACGUGCAAGUUUACUAAUAUAUGACGUCAACAUUACGUUUCUGACGUCAUUGUGAAGACUAUAAAAUAGAACGUUUAACGUCACCGAAAAGGACUAUCAACAAUAUGUCUCCGAAGACUACGCUUCUAGUCAUGUGUGUACUACUAUAUUUACUGGAUGUUGCUGUGAGUUUAUGUGGUAAUGAAUGCCAGCGACAGUUGCGUGUAAAUCAUAUCCAAAAUUCCAAUGGUAUAAAUUCUUCAAAUAUUUCAAAAAGGAAAUGGGAGUCUACUAAGUCUCUUUUCCGUGUGAAGCGUAGUGUCCGCAGGUAUGGCAAAGGGAGCUGGCUUAAUGCGGUUAUUAGGAACACCCCUGAAAUGGAUAAGUUAUUUCCAAACCGUAUGAAAGAUAACCUUUUAGUUGUUGGUCUUUACCUAGCAGCUCAUAAAUACUUCGAAGUUGAUAGAAGAUACACGUUUUCGACGACUAAAUAUGAAGAUCGUAAAUUUUUCAAGCAUUUUCCAAUUCCACGCCUAAAGAAGCUCCACCCUACCGUGGAGAGAGAAUGUAACAAAGGUGCAUUUGAAUGCAUCACGCAUAUCUACAAAACCGCUUUGGUGUCCGGAUCACUAGCCAGCAAAAAAAUCUUAACCGAACACAAGAACUUGAAGAAGGGUUCGAUUCCACUUGAGUAUCCAUUUGACUCAGCAUUAGAGCAGUUCCAGUAUAGGACUACAGCCAGCUACUUCAUGUGUUGGUAUACGGAGCUCGGCGACGACCUUCUAGCAUUCGAAGAUGAAAAAGGCUGUUAUUUUAAUCUCGUCGGGAUUGUCCAGGAAGCGGUUGACGGCAAAGGAAUAUAUGACAUCAGGUCAGAAAUUUUGAAAUAUGAGGCUUCACUGAAAGAGAAACGCGUAUCUCCUCAUACUUGUCCUUAUUUAUGGUUCUGCCCGGACCCAUGCUAUGGGAGGAGUACCUUAGGAAAUGUUCGUCCUGGCAAAUACUUAGACGAUCCACUCAACCCGUGCUCGCGGCUGAAAGACCGUGCCUGUUUCUGGGAGACCGGCAAUAACAAAAACUUCGAGUACCUCAUAAAAAAUAGAAUUAACUAUACAUGUAAUUGUGAAAAUGAACGGAAGGGUUUCAUAUGGUCACCAAAAUAUAGUAUCUGUAUUGACCAAGACGAGUGUUAUAAUGACGUAGCGAACUGUUCAAGUGACAAAAUCUGCCGAAAUACUAUGGGGUCUUACAGCUGUAAGUGCCGUCGAGGAUUCAAACUGAACAACUCUACAGACAGGUGUGAUAGACACGCCUUGUUUCGUCCCAAGUCUCACGUGGGCAUGAAAGGGCGUCGUAAUAUACAACAGGAGGAAGAUCAGACAGGAAUCUGGGCAACUAUUGACCGUCUGUUUGGCCUGAAUUCAUCCUCAAAAACACAUUAUAGUGUAUUAUUGCAUACUUUGGUUACAUUUCUGUGUAUUGUGUUGCAGUAUAUUACAUAAUUUGAAAAGUCUCUCGUGAACUAUUUGUACCCGUGUACUGCAGAUUCAUAGGCAGAUCUAGAUGGGGUGGGGG